CUAUGACAUACUACUGCCUUUCACAGAUAACGCGUUCAACCGCUCCUUCACCGCUGCCUGCUAGAGUCCACUGACAAAGCACAAAAGCAGUCAAAAUGUCAGACCAAGACUCGACCAUGCACUCCUCGCCAGAUAUGGCCGCAGACGACGACGAGAUGUUCCCAGAUGAGGCGCUUCCUUCUACACCACGCAAUCCAGCUUCACACGCACUUGGCACAGGCUCCGAGCUCUCACCGCCAAACUCCCAGGGCCCCGCCAACCUACCCCGCGGCGACAGCUUCACAGCAACAAUCGCCUCGAACGUGAACGAGAAUGGCAAGCGACCUUUGUCGUUGAACCCAGCUAUAACUGCCAACGAAACCGGCGUCAUGAAUACAGAUCCCGAGACUGGAUAUCAGUGGUCGAAGGCGGAGGAUCAGCCAGGGUUUGAGUGGAAGAAUCAGAGGGCGAGGGAGGAUGAGAUGAGGGCGCUAGACAACAUCAUCGACAAGGGCUCGCAGAUCAAGACUCGCUACGGCGACCCUCUCGACGAGAGCGUUGUGGCAAAGUUCACGCGCUGAAGGACUGAAGGCCACCCUCUACAAGACCCGCUCAGAAACAACUAACAUUACGCGAGCUCCAACAAAAAUCGGUCUUCGAUGGUUUUUACAAUACCAUGCGCAGAGCGGCGACAGCAGGGCAAUCGCGCUAUAUGCACAAAGCUUCGUACUAUGGCUCAUUGAUGGCCUAGAAGAUGCGCUGCAACGGAACGCCGAGGAGGCCUGUGAGCUCACACGCGGCCGAAAUAAUACGAAUGAUGACCUUAA